AUGAAGCCGUCUCCUCAAUGGCACAUUGGCCAGAUUGGCGAUGCACAGGUGUUGCGGCUAUUCUCUUUGUUCUCGGAGAGAAAUGGGGAUUUUCUGGCUGGGUAUAUCCUUCAAGUGAAGAGGGUGCAAGGUACCUAUCAACUUGCAUCGCCAGUUGUUGGCGUUGUUCCCUGUUUAGCCGCCAAUAGUGGUACGGUUGAUGAGCUUUUUUGUUCGAUCGCAAUAAUCCAAGCGAAUGGCGUUUUCACAGCCAUCAAUGUUUCCGUUGCCAGUUGCGUUGCCUCUUUUGCUGUGUUGAGCAGGUUUUCAAUCCCAUCGACGUUUUGGGUUGGUGGCUCUGUUCACGUUUGCGCGUGUGAAAAUAUGAUUGCCACCAUCCCUACAAUUGGCAUUUGUUCGUUGUUUGAGACAAGUGACUGCUUGCAAUUCGGCCUUCUUAGCAUGCUUGCUGUUAUUUGCGACAGAAAAAACUUGCAUGGAGAAUAUGUGUUUUGGAUCUCUCUUGUAGAUAUCUACUUGGGGCACGUGAUGGACCAUGCUCUUGCUUUGAAAUCUUCCACAGACUAUCCAACUUUGUUGCAAAAGAGUGUCACAGAAGAGAAUGAAUUCUUUCUGGUGACAAAGGAGUCAAUUUUCCACCUGCUUGUUGAAAGUAAUUCAGACGCCAAAUAUGAGCUUAAGAUGCUGAAUACAAUGCCUCUUUCGUAUCCCAAUGCGCAUCCAAAGCUGAUGCUGCAGUAUUUGGAUUCUAUUUUCAUUUUAAACGAUUCUGGGGAUCUCUUUCUAUACGAGGCAGGUUAUAGUAGGCCUCAGCAACUUGAUAUUCCCCGUGUCUCUUCAUCUACAUUUCUGGUGGGUACGGAUUUAUCGGUCGUGCAUAGGGUCUCCAGAAGUCCCAUCAUAACUAGCCUAAUUCCAUUCGAUUCUUGUUUGUUUAUUGGAGCCUGUGAAGAAGGUGUUAAGCUGAUUUCAAAUUCUCCGCUCAUACUGGUGCCUUCGAACAGUGUUGUUAGUAUGGGAGCCUCUCCCUUCUAUGGCCUCCAUAAGAUACCGUUGUUUAAUGGAAUUGUUCCUGUCUUUUAUGUUAAAGAUUCGUGUUACAGGUCAGUGGUGAUUUCUGUUAAUGGUCUGACAGCUUCCAUUCGUACCAUUAUUGAGUCUGCCUCUGCUCCAGUGGCUUUUGGAAUAAACACUUGCAAUGAUGAGUUCUUUUCCUUUGAUGUGACAUUGUUUCCAAAUGAGCCUGUGUUCAUGCUUCCUGGACCAGGCGCAAUGCUGUUUGUCAACGACAUUGGUGGUCUUCUGUACAUAUUUCAACAUAACCAAGUGCCAGCUUUAUCUUCUCAGCUUCAAAGUAAUCGGCUCCAAAAUCCACAGGCCGGAUUUGUCAUUACCGAUGGCAGGUGGAUCCAUUCUUCGCUUAUUGUGAUUUGUGGCCACUCUGAACUAUACCCAUUUGUGAUGUUUUUUCGUGUGCAUAGUGCGGCAGAUGGGCAUAUCACUUUGGCAAUUGAAAACACGCUACUUUUACAUGCCGUUUUUGCAAAUGAAAUGGAAUUUCCAAUCAUUCCAGAAAAUAUCGUAUUUGAUCGGUACAGCGACAACAUGCAAUCCAUUAAUAUGCUGGUUGGCUUCCGAUCUCCUGGGGGCUAUCUUUUGCAGCUUUCAUACUCUCCAAAUACCUUGAGCUGGAGUUUUAACUCGGGCCCAUUUAUGGUCGGCCAUGCGAAUCUCCCAGUUGAAAUUUCGAUGGGCGAUAGCCUUUCAGAUAUAUUUUGUAUCUGCUAUGGCGAAAGCAUGUGGAUCUUGCCAAUUUCAUCUGUUUCAAACGGUAACUUGGCAUCCAACUUGCACUCCAUUGCGAUUGUUGAGAAUACUUUGGUUUUAGGCGUUUUUGAAAAUGACGAGUAUAAAUUGUUGCUAGCAUCAAUCGCCAAUCCCGUCAACGACCGUGAUGCAUGGCGACCUCUCUCUAGAAAAGUCAAUCGAACUGCUAUGGUUCCUUUUACGGCUACCAAUGUAAUGGCGACAUCACAUCAUAUCAUGUGGUACAACUGGUAUCGGUAUGCUUUCCCGUAUAUCCAAUUGCCCGGUGAUGGCAGAGUGGUGACUGCUCUGCUUGCUGUCUCAUAUGAGAUUCUUUUUGUCGGAUUUUCUGUCUUAAACAAACGAGGGGCCGUGUGCAUUUAUGAGAACGGCGCGUGUGUCAGUACUUUAGAUUUUGAUUCCCAAAUCAUAUCGAUCACUGCCAUUCCAGAAACCCCGCUACAUUUCCUGCUACUCGAGGUGAACCAAGUAACGCUGGCAAGGUUUUUAAAACAAGAGGACGCAUUUACAUUUUCUUUCCUUUCUAUCUUCAAAAGCACCCAUUCAUUGGUUUCGUUGGACAUUUUAAAAGGCUUCCCCAAACUAAUGCACGUGGCGGUUGCAACACGUGCAAAUGGAAUCCUAAUUCUCGCACUCGACUCGCAGACUUGGCAGUUUUCGGCUUCCAAGUACCGAUUUUCCUUUGAUGCCAAUUUUAGGGAAAUUUCAGAUAUUGGGCCCACGUUGCUUGUCAAAUUUAUCAACGAUCACACGAUCCUGCCCAUCGAGUCCUUUAGCUCGAAAAUUGCCCUCAGAUCAACAUCAGACAAAUGUGCUGAUGAUGUAGACCUUUAUUUUCCAGAACUGAUCGCAAGCAUCGGGUUGCAGCGUCCGGCCAAUGGCUUCCGCUCGAAUUCCUUUCUGGUUUCAACUUGGACUGGUUCAAUGUACGAAGUCCAAUGUGUUAAUCUCAAUAUUUCCACUGCCAACCUUGGCCUUGCUCCAGGCAUGGUGCCCCGUUGA